UGGCAUUUCCGCUUUUGCCAGGAGACCGGAAGUAGCAGGAUGUUGGGGGAUUUGCUGCUUUUUGGGACGCUGUUGGUCAAUGCAGGGGCGGUGUUCAACUUCAGGCUGAAGAAGAAGGAGAGUCAGGGCUUUGGUGAAGACGUGAGAGAACCGACAACAGGUGAUAAUAUCAGGGAAUUUCUGUUGAGCCUGAGGUACUUCCGGAUCUUCAUUGCCCUCUGGAAUAUCUUCAUGAUGUUCUGCAUGAUUGCGCUAUUUGGAUCUUAAACGUCUUUGGACUGAGGUGGCAACUCCAUUCAGCGGGAAAUAUGACUUUAUUAUGAAGUAAAAUAUAUUGGCUGUGUUUUUAGUACAUUGAACUCUGGCCUAUUCUUUCUUCUGGGAGUAUUAAAGGAACAU